AUGAAAGAGAAUGAAGAGAGCAUAGAGGACAACGCUAUAACCAAUCAGGUAAAUUCAGCUCAUUAUACAAUCUAUGAACAUCAACCCCAUGAAGCUCCAAAUAUCCCAAUAAAUCAAAACGUUCUAAACUUUACAAAUCGGCAGCUAGAAAGCAAAUAUUUUGCAGCUCUUUAUAUAAAUAAAGACGAUAAAGAUCGAUUUUCAUUUGAAUUCAAAGGAAAUUUGACGAUAUAUUUCAUUUUCUAUUCUGCUUUUUUAGUUAUUAAAACUGGGUCAAUAUUAAUUAUAAAUUAUCAAGGAAACCUUGCCCAGAGCCACUAUCUAUUCCAUAUAUCAUGCUUGAUAUUUUUAUUUUGCGUGGCCUACUUAUUACUUAUGCUAUUAAAACUAUAUGAUAUAUGCUUUGAGUACAAUAGGACAAUUUUUUCUUCGCUCACUUUUUUUGCAAUACUUUAUUUAAUAAUUGGGGAAGAAAGGAUUUUAAGUGGCAUUACAAAAGAAAAUUUUAAUGGCGAUUUUCCAAUCAACAUACCUUUUAUUAUGGGAUUUGCAGUAUGCUUGAAACUAGUGCUUUUUAACAAUUUUCGACAUUUUUCCUCAGUAGGGCUAUCAACAAUAAUAUUAUAUCUUAUCCUUUCUCUUUGUCUUUCUGAGUCAAGGAUUUGGACAUUCCUUACUGAAUAUUUUGCCUUGCUUAUUUUUAUAUGUUUUCAGCUAUUUGAGACCUGACAAUUAGAUUAUAGGACACGGCAGCUGUUUUAUAGAAAAGUAAAGGAAGAAGCAGAUGUAUAUCAAAAUAAAAAUAUAAAAGAAUAUGUAAAAUAUGAUGAAGGAAUCAAAUCAGAAGUAGAGCUAGUUGUCAAAACGUGUGAAACUAUUAGAGAAAUCAUUAAAAAAGCUAGGUCUGUAAUUAUGUUCAAAGAUAUCAAAUCCAGCUUAAAAGAAGCUUCAAACCAAUUAAAUUUUGUCCAGCAAAAAAUUGCUAGAGGGCUUCUUAUGAAUGAAUCUCGGCUUGAUUUAAGUAUAGAUGCAGACGACAGAGCAUUUUUAUCUCAAAACUUCAUGGAUGUUAAAUCUAGCCCAAGCGCUACCCAGAGCAGAAGACCAACAGCACAACAAAUGAUAGAAAAUGCCUUACUCCCUCCAUCCGCGAGAGACAAAAAAAUCUUUGUUCGCUCAGGAGUUAUUUUUUAAAAAAAAAUUAUAUAGAAAAUUUUAUGGAUUUUUUUUUUUCGAAAUUUAAAACAAUCCUAAUUCGCAAAAAUUGGAAAGCAAAUAUAUUAAUUUAUUGUAAAUUUAUGUUUUUAAAACGUAAUUUUUUUGAAUUAAACAGAAUUAGUUCGAGAUUUCAUUAUACUAAUUAUCACUUAUAUAUCAAAAUUUUUUUUCCAUAAAAAAAAUUUUUUCUAUUAAAAAAAUUUUUGUUCACUCAUGGAAGGUGGUUUUCGGGCAAAAAAUAGGGAUUUUUCCAAUGGGUUUGUUCGAUCACGAAGAAGGGGAGUUAGAAUUUCCAUUUGGUGACUAUGGGCUAACUGAGCUAGAAGGAGUUCUUACAGGAGUUGGCAAAAACUGAAACUUCGAUAUUUGGUUUGUUUACAACGCAACAGGUCAUAGCAUUUUUAUCCUCUCAAAAUAUUUAUUUGAUAAUUUUCAUAUCAAGCAAGAGUUUUUAAUCCCAGACAAAUUCAUUGAGAACUAUUUCAAGUCUCUUGAAAGUGUAAUGUAUAUAUAGAAAUACAAUUCGGUGCCGUACCAUAAUGCAUGCCAUGCCUCAGAUAUGCUUCAUUCUCUAUUGUAUUUUAUUACUCAAUCCAAUAUUAUCAAACAAAAUUACAAAUUAAUUUGUCUAGCGCAAUGUACAGUAAAGGGAAUGCCCCGAAAGCAUCUAUUCUGUCACUUUAAGUGACGUAAUAUAUUUUAGGCUUUCCAAAAAAUGAGCCACAGGAUGUCUGUGCGCCUCACUCAGCGCCUUGCAGUCGCAUGCUAUUCAGCUCCUACACGUAUUCCGUCUAAAUGUCAAGCUCCUUGGGUGCACUGAGCAGAUAAACCCUAAGCCUUCGAAUACUUUUAAGUCAAGCCAAAAAGGUGUACCUCUCCCGUUAUUUGCCUGAUGUUGCUAUAUAAGGUAUCUCUAGAAAAGCAGAACCUCAAAUAAAAAAUAUGCUCAGGAGAGAAAUUUAAUUAGCGAAAUUUCAGGUGGCCAUUUAUUAUUAUCCAAUUGUAUCAAACAAAUUUCAACCCUUGAUUUAUUGACUUGCAUAAUAGCAGCAGAUGGACAUGAUGUAGGCCACCCAGGCGUGACAAAUAGAUUUUUAGUCAACACAAAAGAUGAACUGGCUAUAAAGUAUAAUGAUGUUAGUGUGCUUGAAAUGAUGCAUUGCGCCACUAUUUUUGAAGUGAUGAGAUAUUAUGACCACAAUAUUAUAGCUAAUUUAAACAAUGAAGAAUGGGUUUAUUGCAGAAAAUUGAUCAUUGAAAUGGUCUUGACCACUGAUAUGUCCAAGCAUUUUGAGCUUUUAGGAAGGUUCAGGACUCGCACUGCCCUUAAUGAUAUUUCUUUGGAUUCUGAUGAAGAUAAAGGAUUAGUAUUUUCAAUUGGAAUUAAAUGUGCUGAUAUAGGACAUUCUGCUAAACCGAUUGAGCUACAUGAAAAAUGAACAAUUUUAUUAUGUGAGGAGUUUUUCAAUCAAGGUGAUAUGGAAAGGUCAAGAAACCUCCCCAUUUCUAUGUAUUGCGAUAGAAAUGAUGCAAAUGUUCCAAAAGCCCAGUUUGGGUUUAUUAAAAAUGUUGCACUGCCAAUAUAUGAUGUUUGGACAAAUUAUUUGGACAGUGAGCAGAUCAGAUUAAAUUGCUUUAAUCAGCUUGAAAAAAAUCUUGCAUAUUGGGAUGGGAAAUCUGUUAAUAGAAGAAAAACACUAGAUAUUCCUAUUACGAAAUCAAAAGAAAUAAAUGGUGGCAUUGAUGGAAUAGAAAUACAAGGCGCGCUCCCUAUGGAAUAGUAGGACUCAUCUUGAUAAAGCUGAAGCAAGACCUCUGUACCUUUGUAAAAUUAGACCUUAAGAUUUGUGGAAGCCUUGACGAAAAGGGAAGUUAUUUCUCCUUGACGGUUUUGCCUACCCAUGUCUCCUCUCAUCAGGACCAUCGGUGCACUCUGCAGCUAUCCCUUAGAUAGGUGGUUCAGGUAGGAAAUCCAAAGAAACGACCUUUUAGAGCCAAUGAGGGUGACAACUAGUGGCUUACCUGCUUAUAACCAGGUAGCUUUUAUCUUUUAAAUUUAACUAUAUUAUGAAAUCUACAGCGAGGUUAAUGAAAAUGAAGAGUAAUUUUUAUUCAGCUGCAAAAUACGAUUCAAAUAUUCGGCAAGAUUUGACAUAA